UGCCCACUGGAGCGAAGAGGUGCUGAUCUCCAGAUUGCCAAGGCGGUGCCAAGACACAGACUUUUCCCCUUGCCCCCCCAAACCCAACCCUGUGACACCCCACAUGCCCCACACCCCUGCGUCGACCCUGGUCGGUCCUCGUGAUGGAGCUAACUAACCCCACCUCCACCCUGUACGCUGCGGUCGUAAAGAUGUUGGGGUAUAAAUUGAGGUGGAUGAGAGGAAUCAGAAAACUCUGAGAACUAGAUCUAGAACUAUAACACGAGAACAUGAAGAACAUGGUGAUGAUGGACUCCAUUGUUGGGAGAAACUGGACACUGACCUUCCUGGCCGGGACUCUGCUCUGGACCACCUGCUGCCUAGCUUCUCCCAUGCACUGUCACUUCAACUCUAAAGCCCUGUGUGUGUACGAGGGGAGACACUACUCCAUGGGGGAGUCCUGGAUGGAGGACGGCUGUCUGCAGUGCACCUGUCUGCACCCCAUGGGCGUCGGCUGCUGUGAGACGGUGCAUCGCCCGGUAGACUUCCCAGCUUGGUGCGAGGCUCGGGUGGACGUUUUAACCUGUAAAGUGACCCUGGUGCAGAGCGCUGACCCUCGCCUGCCCUGCCUCCCUGGGAAUGGACACAACCUGGGCCCCAGCCACAGCUCACGGGACAACUACCUGCAGAUGGUGGAGUAGACCGGGACCCCGGUCGGACAGUGGAGGGACGGCCUCAUUGGCAUGAAUGUCGCCAUUACAAUGAGCCUGUCCUCCGAUUUAAAGUGGCACCAGCCUCCACUGAAGUCGGAARAUCAACUCCCUCCACCACCGACCAUCCCCAUCCAUGUCAGUGUAAUCCUAACGGUCCAUUCUCACUUCAGUUGCAGAUCAGUGAUCAGUUGACAUUUAAACCGCAUGAAUAUUACAAUACCAUAAGCAGUAAAUGAUACUCAGUUGGAAAGCAGAGGUGAGCCCACAUAAUGGAAUCCCUCAUUUACCACCCUGUAAUGCAC